ACGGAAAUCAAUUAAAAACAAAUCUCAAAAAACAUGAAUCAUCUCUAUCGUCAAGUAUAUCUCAUCCGCAAACUUGCUAUAUUAGUCGUAAAAAAGAAAUGGUGCAUUGUACAGCUGGUCAUUCUUCCAAUAAUAUUAUAAUGAGCAUUAAAAUCGAUAGUAGAUAUUCAGAUGGUGGAUAUGGAUCUGUAUAUUUGGCUAUAUUAAAAAAUGGCUUGAAAUGGUAUUGGAAUUUUAAUAGACACAAUUGGGAAUAUUCUUAUGUAGAUAUUAAAUUGGCUUUGAAAGAAAUAAAUAAUUCUAGACAUGAUUUAUCUGGAUUUCUUAAAGAGUUCUUAGUUCAUCGUGACCUACAUAGUGGAAACAUUUUGAUAAAAUAUUAUAAAUAUUAUGAAUAUUAUUCAAAUUCAUAUGGUGCAUCAAUUACAGACUUAGGUUUGAUUGCAGAUGAAAAUCAAGAAAAAGCAAUCAAAUCUCAAAAACAAGUAUCAUCUCUAUCUUCAAGCAAGUCUCAUCCACUAUCUUGCUAUAUUAGUCAAA